AUGCUCAUCAAUCUAGAUGGUCUAAAAGCUCGAAGCGAAAAAGAUCCCUCAAGCCAUACGCUGGCAGAGGUGCAGAAAUGGUUGAUAUUGCGUCCCGGCUUCGAGCAGCAAGCCACUGCAAUAGAGAAUCAAGCAGACAAACAAAGGGGUCUCAACAAAGCAGCUAAAGCCAAUAUUCCAGGCUUCUCUCCAGAGGACAACGCAAGGGGAAGCGAGACACUCGACGACGAGCAACGGAGGAUGGGAGUUCGAGUCCUCCUCGCUGUUCCUGCACAAUCCUCGUACAUGGAUGUGAUCCUUCAGCAACCCGACGGUUUGGUCGCGGGCGCUAAGAGCACAAUCUUCGCAUUGGCUGGACGUCUCGCAUCACAUCCAACAGCGUCAAGGGUCGUCGUGAUUCCGGGCCGGGAUGGACGGAGGUUGGCCACCGUGCCCGUCGUCAACAGUUCAGAGGCGGCGCCCAAGGAGCGUCGAUUGAGCGUCUCCCCUUCCUCGCAAUUUCGACAUCGACAUGGCUCAAGGAUAAUCUCGCCUAUUCGGGGAAAUCUAAGGAGAGCAACGACUUUCUCUGAUACCCUUUCUGAGGCUCGUGAAUCUAUUAAAACAUCCACGGAUGAUGUUCUUCGGCCUCGGGUAUCUUCUCAAACGAAUGACUCUAAUUGGCAAUCAGCACCACUUGUUCUUGCCUUGCUGCCUGCCAUCGGUGGGAUCUUCUUCAAGGAUGGAGGUGCUCUCCUUACGGAUGUGACUUUGUUGUGCCUUGCAGCAGUCUUUCUCAACUGGUCCGUGCGUUUACCAUGGGAUUGGUAUCAUUCAGCACGGGCGACAGUGGUGGGAGAUUCAAAUGACGAUCUGGUUGCUACAGGUCAUUUUCCCAAGAAACUAGACGGCGAUUCCGGUAGUGACACCGCUCUGGCGCAAAAGAAAGCAAUUUUAGCUUCCUCAAAGUCACCUCGCCCAUCGGAUAGGGUCGUCACUGCCAGCCAAGAGCUCUACACCCAUGAAUCCAUUGCUCUUGCCUCAUGCUUUCUAUGUCCGCUUCUUGGAACUUGGAUGCUUCAUACUAUUAGAUCACAGUUGUCACGACCAGCUGGGGGUCUUGUUUCAAACUACAACCUCUCGGUUUUCCUACUCGCUGCUGAAAUUCGACCUUUCUCCCAUGUUUUGAAAAUGAUUCAAGCCAGAACUCUCCAUCUGCAACGAGUUGUAAAAUCUGCCUCUCGUAACCAAGAGAUGGCAGAUCCAAGCAAACUUGUUGAUAUGGCUGGUCGCCUGGAUGCAUUAGACGCAUUUGUUUCAGGUCUAACCUCUUCUGAGCUAACACAUCAAACUGCUCAAGUGUUCUCAGAAGCUGGAAAAGAGCUUGACCAGAAGAUACGUCAAAUUGAUACCCAGACAAGAAAAGCCAUUCAAGGAGAUAUUGCUGCGCUUACCCGCGCCGUCCGCAAGUACGAAAAACGACUUACAAUGUCUGAACUUCAAACCAACGCGCGAUUCAAUAAUCUCGAGUCCCACAUUUAUAAUAUAAGCCCCAAUAAUGCUAUUCAUGCAAAACCCGAAAUUUCACCAUCCUUUCUUUGGGCAUUGGGGUUGGCUACAUCCUUUCGAAACGCCUUGGUACUGCCAUGGCGUAUGUCCAGGGCCGUCAUUAUGCUUCCAGUCUUGGCUACCACAUGGUGGUUUUCUCUAUUGGUAAAAUCAUUCAGACUGGACGCGCGUUCAGAUAUUUCCAAUCAGAGGAGAAUCGGUCGAACCGGAGUAAGGUUAUAG